AUGCCAAGCUAUGUGAGUAAUCUCUCACAACUCACAAAAUCGGCGGCUGCUCGGAAGCCUCUCGUCGGUCCUCCGGAGCUCAAACUACCGGUAACAUCACAACUGUGGCUGCCACAACCCCAAUUAGCACACCAACCCACCCCAAGCCCCUCCGCAAAGGAGGUCCGGUACUCCUUCGGUAACCCCUGCCACAAUCUCUAUUUCCACGUGGUAGGCAACGAACCUGAGAGCCAUGAGUAUCUGAACCAACUGCUCCCGGCGGCCUGGUCCCACAAUCCCCUAACCACCCUUAAGAUCAUCGGUAACCUGCUAGACAACCACCACCUAACUGGAAAAGGCUACAACGAAUUGUUUUACACGGCAGCGUUUUGGCUCUACCAGAACCACCCCAAAACCCUAGCGCACAACGUGGUGCCGAUCGUUGGCUCUUUGGGGGCUUUUGAAAACAUUCUUGAGGUUCUUUACGGCAUUGUAGAUGUCAAAGCCAAGAGCAAGAGGACAUGGAGGGAACACGAUUGCCAUUUUGAGUACAUAAACUUGAUACAGGAGAAGGCAGGCGACAUGGGGACUAAAAGAUGUAUCGCGAUGGCUAGAAAUGCUGUCGACAUGUAUGAGCGUGACCCCAAUUAUCAAUUGUUACACGAGAGGGAAUAUGAGAAGCAGAAGCUGGAUAAUGACAAUGAUCCUAAGGACUCCAAGGUGUUGGAGUUAACCUCUGCAGCGAAAUGGUGCCCUUCGGUUGAUUCUUUCUUUGAUCGCACCACUUUGAUAUGUGAGAGCAUUGCAAAGAAGGUGUUCCCGCGAGAGGAAUUCGUAGAAGGUGUUAGUGUUGAGGAGGAGGCAGAUUAUGUGUCCAGAGUCCGAGAGAGGCUGAUGAGUGAAGUUUUGGAGCCCUUGAGGACAGCCAUAGCGAAAGUGUCAAGGUCAGCAAUUGUCAAGUAUUUGGAGGAUGUCAAAGCUGGAGGCGAGUCGAAGAUUGAAGCAGGUGCCAUGCUUCCAGAUGAGAUCAUAAGCAGUGUGCACGACCACAAUUAUGGGCAACUGGCUGAGCAUCAGUGGAAGGCAAUGGUAGAGGAGAUCUUUUUAAAAGAGGGGAAGUGGAAAAGCUGCUUGGCUGUGUGUGACGUCUCCGGAAGGAUGUGUGGUAACCCCAUGAAUGUGUCAUUGGGUUUGGGACUGUUGGUGUCUGAACUGGGUGAAGAGCCAUGGAAAGGAAAGGUCUUUACUUUUAGUCGAAACCCUCAACUACUUACCAUACAAGGGGAUGAUCUUAAGUCCAGGUGCACGUUCAUGAGGAUGAUGGACAACCAGGACUGGGAUGGCGAAACUGAUUUUCAGAAGGUGUUUGAUUUGAUUCUGAAAGUGGCUCUGAAAGAGAAUUUGAAGCCAGAACAAAUGAUCAAGAGGGUGUAUGUGUUCACCAGCGACCAAGAUUUUGAUGAUGCUUCGGGAGGUAGCUGGAACACUGAUUAUGAGGCAAUACAAAGAAAGUACAAGGAGAAAGGGUACGGAGAUGUGGUGCCACGCAUAGUGUUUUGGGAUCUGAACGAUGACGAGUACCCUAUGGCACUUCCUGCAGAACAAGGGGUGGCCACAUUGGUGGGCUACUCCAAGAAAUUUUUCAAGUUCUUCUUGGACAAUGAUGGGGAUAUUGGGCCUGACCAUGUCGUGGAAGCAGCCAUCUCUGGCGAACGGUACCAAAAUCUGGCUGUAGUGGACUAA